GAAAGUAGUAGAUGUUGUAGAUAAUUAAAACUAAUAAAUUGUAAUAAAAUAAAUCUUUAUAUGCAUAUUGUUUUGAUUUUUGUUUUCACCCCUCACUUUUGUUUAGUUCCCAUUAUAAGCAAACAUUUGAUGAAAACAAGGUUAGUUCUAGUCAAAAAUGGGACGUGCUAACAACACCAUAGAUAAAUUUGGUCAUCAGAGAGUAUAUCAUAAACACCAGUUCUUACGUGGUGCACAGGGAAAUGGGUUCAAGUUAACUUUCGAUGGUCACUAUGAUAUUGAAGUAAAGCAUUUAUCAAAUGUUGCAAAACCGAUAGCAGACAAUGAUGUUAGCACCCAAGAAUUUGUUCUUGACAAAAUUAGGACAUUUCAUCAACAAAUGAAAUAUGCAUUAGAUGAAUUAUUGGAAAAUCGUAUUAAAGAAAGAUUUAAAAACACAGAUAAAAAAAAUGGAUGA